CCAUUUGACUCUCCACGCCAACGCCCCUCUUUCCUCUCUCUCUCUCUCUCCCUCUCUCUCUCUUGCAAGUUGCAAUGGACAACAGUAGCUCUGAGUCUGAGCUUCGACUUCGCGGGCCCUCUCAAGGAGUGUCCGAUUCUGGGGAUCCGACGCGGCAUGAGUCUGACGCCGCCGGUGUUGCUGGCUCUGGUGGUGCCAGGUACAAGCUGAUGUCCCCGGCGAAGCUCCCGAUCUCGAGGUCACCCUGCAUCACGAUCCCUCCGGGUCUCAGUCCGACGUCGUUUCUUGAGUCACCUGUUCUGCUUUCAAAUGUUAAGGCAGAGCCUUCUCCAACUACUGGUUCCUUGACUAAACCUCAAACGGGACAUGGCUUUCUUGGCUCCAAUUCAUAUUCAAUCACAGUUCCCUCAAAUGCCUUUGGAGAAAGAAAAUACAGCUCCUUUGAGUUUAGACCCCAUGCUAGAUCAAACUUGGUUCCUGCAGAUAUGAACCACCAAAGAAGUGAAUCUGUUCAAGUUCAAGGCCAGUGCCAGUCUCAGUCACAUGCAUCAUCACCUACAGUCAAAAGUGAGAUGGCAGUCCCCUCUAAUGAGUUGAGUCUAACGGCACCACUUCCCAUGGUUACUUCAGGGCCUAGUGCUACUACUGAAGUUGAUUUAGAUGAAUUAAACCAGAUGGGGAUCUCUAACAGUGGGCCUCAGGCAUCACAAUCUGAUCAUAAAGGCGGAAAUGGCAUUUCAGUGUCAUCUGAUGAUGGAUAUAACUGGAGAAAAUAUGGACAGAAACAUGUUAAAGGAAGUGAAUUCCCACGCAGCUAUUACAAAUGUACACAUCCUAACUGUGAAGUGAAGAAGUUAUUUGAGCGCUCUCAUGAUGGACAGAUAACAGAGAUUAUGUAUAAGGGUACACAUGAUCAUCCUAAGCCUCAACCCAGCCGCCGAUAUACUGCUGGUGCUGUUUUGUCCAUGCAAGAAGAUAGAUCUGACAAAAUUUCAUCUUUAUCUGGGCGAGAUGACAAGUCAUCUAGUGCAUUUGGCCAAGUUUCGAAUACAAUUGAGCCAAAUAAUACCGCUGAACUAGCUCCUGUUAUGGCAAAUGAUGAUAGCAUUGAAGGUGCUGAGGAUGAUGAUGAUCCCUUCUCAAAAAGGAGGAAAAUGGAUACGGGUGGUUUUGAUGUUACUCCAGUGAUUAAGCCUAUACGGGAACCACGUGUUGUUGUCCAAACUCUGAGUGAGGUUGAUAUACUGGAUGAUGGGUACCGGUGGCGCAAAUAUGGACAGAAAGUAGUCAGAGGCAAUCCCAAUCCUAGGAGUUACUACAAAUGCACAAAUGCUGGAUGCCCAGUUAGGAAACAUGUGGAGAGGGCAUCUCAUGAUCCCAAAGCAGUCAUAACCACUUAUGAGGGGAAACACAAUCAUGAUGUACCUACAGCAAGGAACAGUAGUCACGACACAGUGGGACCAACAGCCGUGAAUGGACCAUCAAGGAUUAGAUCAGAUGAAAGUGAGACGAUUAGCCUUGAUCUUGGGGUUGGGAUCAGUUCAACUGCUGAAAAUAGAUCUAAUGACCACCAACAAGCACUACAUUCUGAGCUCACGAAAAGCCAAACCCAAACAAGUGGUUCCAGUUUCAGAAUAGUUCCAAGAACCUCAAUUACAACUUCGUAUGGUGUUCUAAAUGGUGGCAUGAAUCAGUAUGGAUCUAGGCAAAAUCCUCAUGAAGGCCGUAGUGUUGAAAUUCCACCUUUAAGCCAUUCUUCUUACCCAUAUCCUCAGAGCAUGGGAAGAUUAUUAACGGGUCCAUAAAUUUCUUUCAAAUGAUGUCAACAGAAAUAAAAAUCCUGUGGGGGUUUUUCAUUUUUCCUUCCGUGUCUGCUGGUAAAUGAAAAAAAGAAGCAAAAAUCUGAAAUUGGAAAUUUGAAUUGUUCUUGCUAUCUUGGGGCUGAAAUUGGUAUUAACUUGUUGCAGAUUCUACUGUCGCCAAUUAUUGUAUUAAUCAACUAUGCUUAGCACAAAUCAUUGUACAGAUAUGAAAGCAACACAGGUGUUACUUCCUAAUAGAAACGCUACUGUAAAAUUAGAGCUUGAAAUGGGGUUCAUUUUGGUUUCCCUUGUGUAUUGGAAAUGAACUUUUAAUUUUACUUGUAA